AUGUUAAUGCGUGCUAGGAAUGGCAGAAUUGGCGGAUCUUUGCGAUACCCUCCUUCUAGUACACCUCCUAUGGCACGAUCUUUCCCUGCACCCCCUUGGCGCAAUUCUUCUAUAAAUGGACGAAAACAUGAAGAAUUCGUUAAAUCUACGAAUCAAAAUGAUUCAAAUAUUCAAAAGUUGCCAGCUUGUUGUAAAGUUAUGCAAGCUGAUGUUCUUCCAGAAGAAGAGGAACGUGUAAUUAAUCGAAUGACUCAAUCUGUACUUCCCAAUCAUCAAAAAACCCAAAUUCAACAACCACGUAUUAUAUCCCAAUCUUCUACCACAAGUUUAUUACCUAAGAGAGCUCCUCCUCUCCUUUCUACUCAAAAUAAUCAACAACAAUUUAAUAAUCGUCCACCACCUCCUCCAUAUCCAGGAAAUUCUUCAUUUCAUUCAAUUAAUGCAGGACAAUCAAAUAAAGUUUUUGAUGAUUUUAGAGUCAAUGGCAUUGGACAAACGAAUAAUUUAAACAAAAACAACAACCAUAAAGUGACGUGUUCUCCUAAUAUUCAUUGCAAUGAUGAUAAUAACAAUAAUAAUUUAAUUCCUUGCGAUACUUCCACCCCAAAAUCUGUUGUAGACUCACCAAAUUCAUCAAUAAAAAAUUUUCAUUACCAACCACAUACACAACUAGUAAAUAAUAUACCAUCGCCAAUUGAAUUUUCACGUGCUAAUAAUGUGAAUGGAUUGAAAAAAGUAGAUUCAUCCCCUUCCACUCCUCAACCUUCUAGAAAUGUACUUUGCUUGGAUACUAAAAAGUCUCUAGUUGUUCCUAACAAAGAUUCUCAAAAAAUUACAGAGAAUUUAAAUAUAGAACGUCCUGAACGUGUUCCAAGUAUUUAUGAAAAUGUAUCAAAAAAUGGAGAAAAUUCUGAAAUUAAUGAGAAGGAAAUUAAAGAAGAAUUGUCAAAUAAUAAUAAAACAAUAGAAAAGCCAUCUUCUGAUGUAGGUGAAAGAAGAGGAGAUAAAAGAGCUAUUUGGUAUGAAUUGGGUUGCGUUUGA